GUAUUUGUUUGCGUUUGCGUUCACUGCGCCUGCGCACGGCCUUGCCGUUCGGGACGCGGUGCUCAAAGACAGUUAAUGAUCAGAGAAAAGGGGAACGGUAGAUGUAUCGAAUAGGUGUUCGACUGAGAGGAGGGGUUUUUAUUGCCGCGAUUACCGGGGACUAGAGAAAGGCACACAUUAUUAAUUUAGUAAGGAGCGUUUGACUUUUUAGAGUACCGGAGGUGGGAGGGGGGCAAGCGGAUCUAGGAUUCUGGAUAAACACAGCUAGCUACUGAUCGCAAGCCCGACUCGUAUCCCCUCAUUUGAGCUAGCGCUUCUUCUUGCUAGGUGGCUACACGGCCGCCCUUGAGUCACGGAGAAGCGCUUCACGUCGGCCAGUAUAACUACCGAAACGCCAUUAUAUGAUCCAGUGUCCGGCGACAGUGUUGCCCUCCAUGUGGGUAAGGGAUCUGUGUGUGUCGGAUUAUGGCGAGAAAAACAGUUAGCAGGAAAAGGAAGGCAGGAGAGCCGAAGGAACAACAGCUGGGCUGGUGCCAGUCGACCUACAAGCGUGCACGAGCCUCCUCCUCUUCGUCCUCGCGGCAACCGCAGCUGUCAUGGCGCUGGCGACGCUCACUGGUGUGUGCUGUGCGUGGGAGGGAAUUUCGGCCACAGCAACAGCAUGAGAGGCGUCUCCAGCGCAGCCUGCGGGGCUUUGCGGCCGGCCGGCUGCCCGCCAUCCUGCGAGAGAGGGAGUUCUCCUUAGGACGCCUUAACAAGGUGUUUGCCUCCCAGUGGCUCAACCACCGGCAGGUGGUGUGCGGCACCAAGUGCAACACGCUUUUUGUAGUGGAUGUUCUGACUGGACAGAUCACCAGGAUACCAAUGUUGAAAGAUCGGGAGGUCAGAGAUGGAGUUGGACCAGGAUUUGGGGUCCCGUCUGUGUCUGGCUUGGACCAGCAGGGUUGUGGAAUCCAUGCCAUUGAGCUAAACCCUUCAGGGACUCUUCUAGCCACGGGUGGCGACAAUCCAAACAGUCUGGCCAUCUACCGUCUACCAACGCUUGAUCCUGUUUGUGUUGGAGAUGAUGGACACAACGAUUGGAUUUUCUCCAUUGCUUGGAUCAGUGACACUCUGGCUGUCUCUGGGUCACGGGAUGGCUCCAUGGGGUUAUGGGAGGUAUCAGAGGAGGUGCUCAGUCGGGUAGAAAAGUGUCAAGAUGCUGAUGGAGUCCCCAGUUAUUCACACAUUUCCCAUCGAGCACUGGAGGACCUCCCCAAAGAGUAUACUAACCCCUCCAACUGCAAAGUCCGUGCACUUGCUUUCAACAAUAACAAGAAGGAACUAGGUGCAGUGUCCCUUGAUGGCUACUUCCACUUGUGGGAGGCAGAACACAACUUGUGCAAGCUGCUGUCGACAAAGUUGCCACACUGCAAGGAGAAUGUUUGCCUGGCAUAUGGACAGGAGUGGUCUGUGUACGCUGUGGGCUCUCAGGCACACGUGUCCUUCCUGGACCCCCGGCAGCCUCCUCACAACAUCAAGUCUGUCAGCUCUCGGGAGCGGGGCAGUGGCAUCCGGUCUGUGAGUUUCUAUGAGCACAUCGUGACUGUGGGCACAGGCCAAGGCUCGCUCUUAUUCUACGAUAUCCGAGCCCAGCGUUUCCUUGAGGACCCACUGAGCUCAGGGUGUGGGUAUCGAUCACGUUCCGGAGAGGGAAUCCUCAGACUCUCAACUGGGAAGGGCUGGCUGAACCAUGAUGAAACCUGGAGGAGCUACUUCUCAGACAUCAACUUCUUCCCCAAUGCAGUGUACACCCACUGUUAUGAUGCCUCAGGCACCAAGCUCUUUGUGGCUGGAGGGCCACUCUGCUCUGGCCUGCAUGGGAACUAUGCUGGGCUAUGGAGCUAGUCUUCUGGGCUGCACCCUCCAUAUCUUUUUCCUCACCCCCUUCCUUCCUCAGUCAUUACCUUCCUUUUGUCGCUGUCCUAAAUCAUACCACUUAUUAGUGGUGAUUCUCUUGUCCCUUUUUGUUUUUUUUAGGGAUUUCACACUGCUUCUGUCCCUUUUCAUGUCUUAACUGCUUUUCAGACUUCGGGUAAUGAUCACUAACAUGUCUUACAUUUAAAAGUUCUCUCACAACAUUUUAGAUGCUUCCACUCAGUUUUGAAGGUUGCUUUUUGUUACAUAAGUAUUGAAUUUGAAUUCUCCAUGAGGGAUUUCUUUCUCUUCUGCUCCCUUUACGCUGUUCAGUGAAACAGAGCUGUUGUGCAGGGGGGCAUAGGAGAAGCCAAAACGUGAACUUUGAAGGACACGGCUCAACCUGUUUCCUGGACUGAAAAAGAACUUACAAUGGGGGAAAACAAGCAUCAGGAAAACCAUGAGAAACAGCAGAGUCCUAAUAUUAAACAUUUUUCAGCGACCACAUCUUUAGGGAUGUAAUGUAUUAUGGUUUUGUGUUUGCUUAGAGAAAAGGGUAUUUCCUUGUUUUAAGUAUGUUUUGUGUGGAAGCAUUGUUGGUGGCUAGAUAUGUGUGGUCUGCAUUCAAGGUGACUCCAUCCCCCUACUUCCUCCCCUCAUUAAGGACUGAAUUACAUAUUUCUUCCUCCUCCAUUUGUAAGGAAGAGACAUUUUAAAAGCUGAGCUCAACCUUGAUUUAAUUAAGUACCUUUUCACCAUCUGUAGUUUUAUAUAUAUUUUUAACUUGCCCAUCUGCACUUUGGAGCGUGAGAAAUCAGAGUGUGGGUUGACCACGGUGUCACUGUGUGCAAAUGGUUGACUAGGUGCCCCAUUUUCCUCUGGCCUUGACAUUUUGCAGCACUCUGUCUUGCUGCUUUAAAGUGGGACCAUGUCACAGGAGGAACACGUUGAAAAAUGCCUCCCAGAAAACUGAAAGAACAAUAAGGUGCUUAAAAUCAUGAUCUCGACUCCCCCCUCCCCCCCCCCCAGCCUUUUAAUUGUACAGAAAUUUGACUUAAUCCUCUAUUUGACCUGAUAUUAAAGGGUUACUGUUAUAUGUAUUGUAUUAUUACUACUGUAAUCAUUAUUACUACUAUUUAUUACAGCCCCUCCAACCAUUUUCAACAAGUACCACCAGUAGUCACCCUAGCCCUAGGCGUUGUGCUUUCCUGUUUUUCGGGACAGUGUUCUUAGUGUCGAGUAGUUCCAGUGAGGGAAGAGCUUUUACCUGUAACUCUUCCGUUCGGUGACCAGAAAUUGGACUGUCAUUCAUUACUUUGGUAGGCCUCAGUCUUUCUGUGAAAGACUAACCUUGGCUGACAACACCCCACCCCAAGUGUUAAACUUUUCAUGAAGUUACUUGUAUAAUAAAGCAGAAACACACUAUGUAACAACCAUGUAUGAGAUAACAUCACUUUUUAAAAUUAAUUUUAUAUAUAUGUGUAUGUGCAAAAAAUGGCAUAUGCAUAGAAUUAUAUGUAUAUGUCUGAAAAAAAUAUGUAGACAAACAUCUUUAUUUUGGUGGUGUCCUCUUUUUCUAUAUUACAUCAAAUGUUUUUACAAUAUAUGGAGUAUGAAUAAAUUAUACAACAUCCAGUAA